AUGGGUUCUCAUGAGAUUUAUGUCAAUGACAUCAUCUUUGGCUCUCUCAUUGACUCCCUUGCUCUUGAAUUUGCUGAAUGCAUGAAACAAGAAUCUGAAAUGAGCAUGGUUAGAGAGCUAAGUUACUUCCUUGGUUUUCAAGUAAAGCAAACUGAUUGUGGGUUGUUUAUCUCUCAAUCAAAAUAUGCCAAAGACCUUGUGAAGAGAUUUGGCUUGGACAGUAAGAAACACACAAGGACACCCAUGAGCACAAAUGUUAAGUUAGGACAUGAUCCUACAGUUAAGAGUGUUGAUCAGACUGUGUAUAGGAGCAUGAUAGGCAGUCUACUAUAUCUUACAGCCAGUAGACCUGACAUAGCGCUCAGUGUUGGAGUAUGUGCUAGAUUUCAAGCUGAUCCUAAGGAGUCCUAUCUAGGUACAGUGAGGUGCAUUAUUAGAUAUGUCAAUAGGACAGUAGAUCAUGGGAUCUUGUAUUACAGAGAGUCCAACCUAGAACUAGCCGGUUAUUCUGAUGCCAAUUGGGCCAGAAAUGCCGAUGAUAGAAAAAGUACCUGGGGUGGAUGUUUCUAUGUUGGUUCUAAUCUUGUCUCAUGGAUGAGUAAGAAACAAAACUCAGUUUCCUUGUCCACAGCCGAGGCAAAAUACAUUAUAGUUGGUAGUUGUUGCACUCAACUGCUUUGGAUGAAGUAA